AUGCUGUUUCUAGACUGGGAAUGUAACUGUGAUAUCAUACAAUUUAUUUUGUUGCUAGGAGACAGACUUGGCCGCUGUGAGCAUUAUGCUUCUGGUAAUGGCACAUAUGUCAGACAACAAUGUAUUUAUUCAUCAUUAGCUGGCUUUGUACAUGAACAAGAAAAUGACGACAAGUUGCCGAUUUUAAACGUAACUAGAGAAGAACAGCACACCGUUAUUCCAGAAGUCGGGUCAAUAGUAACAGCGAAGGUGACAAAUAUUAAUCCCAGGUUUUGUAAAUGCACGAUACUGUGUGUGGAAGAUUCACCAUUGAAAGAUAAAUUCCGAGGAAUGAUUAGAAAAGACGAUGUCAGAGCUACAGAGAAAGAUAGGAUAGAAAUGUACAAAUGUUUCAGGCCAGGUGACAUCAUACUGGCCAAAGUUCUAUCUCUUGGAGAUGCACAGUCUUAUCUUUUAACAACGGCUGAAAAUGAAUUUGGUGUGGUACUGGCUGAAAGUGAAGCAGGUGUUAACAUGGUUCCUAUUAGUUGGUGUGAAAUGCAGUGUCCCAAAACAAACAUUAUAGAGUUCAGAAAAGUUGCCAAAGUACAGCCACAGCAUAUUUUGACCAGUUAACUAUAUCUUUAGUCUGAAAUGUAAUCCACUCAUAUUUCAUAUUCAAUAAAUGUUUAUAGCUCAAUGUACA